UUUCCCUUUGCGUCUCUCUUUCAGGCUUUUCCGAAUCAGCAGACUGUCGAUUACCCGAGCUUCAAGCUCGUUCUUGUCGGCGAUGGAGGCACAGGUAAAACGACUUUCGUGAAGAGACAUCUUACUGGGGAGUUUGAAAAGAAAUAUGAGCCAACUAUUGGUGUCGAAGUCCAUCCUUUGGAUUUUGUAACAAACCGCUGGAAUAUCCGGUUUUACUGCUGGGAUACCGCAGGGCAGGAGAAGUUUGCUGGUCUAGGAGAUUCAUACUACAUCCAUGGCCAGUGUGCAAUUAUCAUGUUUGAUGUCACUGAUCGAUCGACGUAUAAAAAGGUUCCUGAUUGGCACCGCGAUCUCUGCAGGGUCUGUGAGAACAUACCUAUUGUGCUCUGUGGGAACAAGGUAGAUUUGGAGAAUAGGCAAGUUGAAGCAGAGCAGGUUACGUUCCAUUGGAAAAAGAAUUUGCAGUACUGUGAAAUUUCUGCAAAGAACAACUACAACUUUGAGAAACCCUUCCUCUACCUCGCCAGAAAACUUACUGGGGAUCCGAACCUCCACUUUGUUGAUCCUCCUGCUCCUCCAGAAGUGCACAAUUAGCAACAGUAAGACCUCUUUUAUCUGCUUUAUUUUACGUAAAUUUCUACUACAGCACUAUGGUCAUACAUCCUGGCGGCCUUCCUCUUCCCCCUUUCUCACUACAGCACUAUAGUCAUACAU